GCAAACUCACCCUAGCAUCCUUUCCAUCAUGUCUGUCGAUGCUAUGGCCGUAAAUGACGGCUCUCACACGAAAGACAUGCGAAAAUCCCUAAAGUCUAAGGAGAAACACGACUCUGGAGCGGGUGAACGCAACAAGUCGUCCAGGAAGAAAGCAAAGCUCGCAGAGGCCGGUUCAGAAGCAACGGACAGAAAUCUUGCGCAGGCGGCGGAGCACAUCAAGGACAAGAAGCGGAAGAAGAAAGAUGUUAAAAGCGCAGCUGAGGUCGCUGCGCAAUUUGUGGCUGAGGAUUCUGUAAAGAUAGAUGGAAAGCCGAGGAAGAACAAGAGAAGCGAUCGAAAUCAAGCAGAACAAUCCGUCGCAGAGGAAGGUGCUGCGCGUGAUGCUGUAACGUUAAUAGACAAGAAGCGGAAGAAAAAGAGCAGAAAGCAGCAGGACAGUGUCGAUGAUGUGCCUCAGCUACUAACGGAUGACGAUAAGAACGUUGGAGAUGCGGAUGGGCAGGUAACUGCGCAGGACAGAUCAGAGGACGCGGUAGACGCGAAGAAGACGCGUAAAGAGAAACGCAAACACAAGAAGGACGCGUCGGAGGGAGCCCAGGAGACGGUGGAAGCCGAAGGAAAGCCUAUGGCUAAGGAGAAACGCAAGCACAAGAAGGACGCGUCGGAGGGAGCCCAGCAGACACAGCAGGCCGAGGAAGAGCCUGUGGCUCAAGAGAAGCACCAGAGGAGGAAACGGAAGAGAGACACGGACGUACAGGAAGAUGGUAGCACCACGAAGGAGCACAAGAAAAAGAAACGAAAACAGGACCCGAACAAUGAUGAGUCCCUGAGCGAACAGGCCCGCAAGGCACUGCACUACGCGUUCACGCAAUUCGACGAUCCUGUGAGCUGGAAGUUCAAUAAGGCGCGCCAGAAUUGGCUCAUCCGGAAUGUAUGGUCUGCACGCGCGAUAACAGACGAAUACAUGACGUUGUUGCAGCGAUACCUAGCUAAUAUGAAAGGAGGAGCACGAGAUGCACUCAUAAAGAGUUGUCGAGACAUGCUGGAAGAUCAGCCGACCUCGGAUGUUGCUGUAGGUUCUACAGAGCAAGCUGCUGCGAAACCUUCUGACGUGGAGCCGUCAAAUCCUACUGGAGACAUUGAGAUAAAACGAUCCCGCGCAUCGGCCCUGCUCGCAGUUCUUGUUCAUGAACAAUCCUCAUAGCAUAUCCCCGAUUUUUACGCUUACACAUCGCACAUGUACACCAGCAAUGCCGUCGCCAUGACCCAUGAACGACGACAGAAUUUCUUAUUUCAAGUCAACACCAACGCAGUACAUGCAAAGUACAAGACAAUUUCAACUGCACGUAGGCGCCGACAAAAAUUCCACAGCUAGUCCAGAUCAAGUGACAAAAGAGUGUUUACGAGCGGUUCAGGCAGCGACCGCCACCGGGGUAGGCACAUGCAGAGCAUCAGCCUGCAGGGCCAACUCAGCGACGUCGACCUGCACCUUCAUCGCAGUCGAUUUCUCAACCAUAGGACCCAGGAGGUUGUUGAACUUGUCACGAGUGACCUUGACGGCGCGAGCAUCCACAAUUCUCUGUUGGCCUGUGUGCAAGACCU